AUGUCUUCUCACGAAAACCAUAAGACAACUCACAUUGCCGACUAUAAUGCAGCUAUCGUGGAUCCACCAGCUGCAUCCUCCACCAUCGCAGGCAUACAAGCACAUGCGCAGGCACAUCGGGCAGGACUACUUACAGCUUUCACCACUACGGAUGCUUCGGGUUAUCCAGACAAACAUGAUGGUCUCUCUGCUCAUAAUACGACCCAUAACAGUGUGAUUCUGAAUCAGCAUGAACAUCACAAACAUACUCAAGUACAGGACCCAGAACUCGCCGCUAUAACAAGUCCAAAGCAUGAGCAUGGAUAUGGACAUGAGUAA